CUAAUUUAAGGUAUUGGAAACUAUGGAAAGCAUGGAUAAGUUGACAUGAAAAAUUCUCCAUUGCCUCUGCAGAAUGUUAUUUCUCGUUGAAGGUCUGGAACGGGGAACAGGCGGGGGCAGCUGCAGUCUUAAUAGCUGAUUCGUAUGAUGAGCCGUUGAUAACAAUGGUUUCUCCGGGCGAAAGCCCAGGCAACGAUGGAUACCUAGAGAAGAUUGGGAUCCCAUCGGCUUUGAUCGAACGGUCCUUCGGAAACACCUUGAAGGCUGCUUUGAAGAAAGGCAACGAAGUUGUGAUCAAAAUGGACUGGACGGAGUCAAUGCCGCACCCGGAUGAGCAGGUGGAGUACGAACUGUGGACCAACGGCAACGACGAGUGUGGGAAGAGUUGCGAUGAGCAGAUGAACUUCAUUAAGAAUUUCAAAGGGAAUGCUCAGAUUCUCGAAAAGGGUGGAUUCACAGCGUUCACACCUCACUAUGUCACAUGGUACUGCUUUGAGCCUUUCAGUAAGAGCAGCCAAUGCCAGUCCCAGUGCAUAAAUCACGGCAGGUACUGUGCUCCUGAUCCAGAGCAGGAUUUUCAGAAAGGGUAUGAAGGAAGGGAUGUAGUGCUGGAGAACUUGAGGCAGCUUUGCGUGCACAGGGUUGCCAAUGAGACUGGAAAAUCCUGGGUUUGGUGGGAUUACGUCACAGAUUUCCACAUCCGGUGUUCCAUGAAGGACAAGAAAUAUAGCAAAGAAUGUGCAGAAGGAGUCUUGAAAUCUCUCAACCUGCCUAUGGAAAAGAUGGCGAAGUGCAUGGGUGAUCCUGAAGCCGAUGCCGACAAUCCACUACUGAAAGCUGAGCAAGAACAUCAGAUAGGUCAAGGGACUCGUGGAGAUGUUAUUAUGUUGCCCACCAUGGUCAUAAAUAAUGUCCAAUACAGAGGUAAACUUGAGAGGACUGCUGUGCUGAAAGCAAUUUGUGCUGGGUUUAAAGAAACAAGUGAACCUGCAAUCUGUCUUAACGGAGAUAUGGAGACAAAUGAGUGUCUUGAAAAUAAUGGUGGCUGCUGGCAUGAUCCAAAGUCUAAUGCAACGGCCUGCAAGGACACGUAUAGGGGGAGGGUUUGUGAAUGCCCUUCCUUGAAUGGUGUUGAGUACAAAGGCGAUGGAUAUGCAUCAUGUAAAGCUGUUGGGCCUGGAAGGUGCAUGUUAGACAAUGGUGGUUGCUGGUCAGAGACCAAACACGGAAUAACUUUUUCUGCUUGCUCAGAAGCUCUUGUUUCUGGCUGCAAGUGUCCUAAUGGCUUUCGAGGGGAUGGCCAUAAAUGCAAAGAUGUGAAUGAGUGUAAGGAAGGAACAGCCUGCAAGUGUGAUGGUUGCUCUUGUACAAACACUUGGGGUGGAUAUGACUGCAAAUGCAGAUGGGAUAAUUUGUACAUAAAGGAGCAUGACAUAUGUAUAGAAAGAAACUCCUCAAAAGUUGGACGGUUGAUCACUUUGAUAGUUUUGGCGGUUGCACUUUGUGCUGGUAUAACUGGAUACAUAUUUUACAAAUACAGACUACGGUCAUACAUGGACUCGGAGAUAAAAGCUAUUAUGGCACAGUAUAUGCCACUUGACGACAAUCAUCACAAUCGGGUUGUCCAGCAUGGAACUCAUGAGCCAAUUCCCCAAGAAGGCUCAUCUAUUGCUUGAAUAAUUGAAGGUUUUGGUUAUGGAAUGACAAUAUUCUACAUUCUCCACUCCGCUUUUUAUAAUGUCUAUAUAGUGUGUGUCUUAAGUUCUAGUAACGGGUGAAUGUGUGAUACAACAGAUCGAUGAGGCAGUCUGAAACCAAAAUCAUCAAGCCCAAGAGGAUUUCUACGUUUUAAACCAGCGUUUUUUUCGCCGAGGAGGAUAAACAAUACCGUGUAUCAUUAAUAGAUACGGAGUAGUAUAUAACAGAGAAGUGAAAGAACAGCCUUUUUGCAUGCUUAACUAUACCGUGAUUAAAGUCUUUAUGUGUAACAUAAAGUUUAUUUAUGAGUUAAAUUCAAUGACAAAGUUCCUACAUAGGAGUUCAAUGUUUGAUAGGUGUAAAAGU